AUGAAUGUGAUUGCACCUUGUCCAUUGAAGCCAUCAUUUACGGGUAGGAACAAUAGUAGAGCAGAGCAUUGCUGGGUUGGGUUCUAUGAUAAAAUAAACUUGGAUGAUGUUCAAGAUGCUUGUAAGGAGAUUCAGCAAAUUUUACAGUAUCAAUCUCAUCAGCAACAGCAACCACAGCAAAUAGCACGUACUGGCAACCCUUUGGUGCAAGAUUCAAGCUUCAUUCCACUUCAUCAAGCUGUUUCGCAAUUGCAAGUGUCCAGGACAUCUGAAAUGAAACGACCUCGAUCCUUCAGUAUGGGUGAUCCUCCUCGUAAUCACCAGUAUUUGAUGCAGCCAUCUGCUCCUCAUUGUAAAGCAGUCUUCUAA